ACAAGGAGUCGGACACAACUGAAGUGACUUAGCAGGCACGCAUGUUGUCUCCUAUGGAGGUGUGGUCAAUGCAGAUAUCCAAUACAUAAAGCGGAGGAGGGAGGCAGUCCAUAUGGGCAGAAAAACUAUUUGUCUGUUUUUCUUGUCUUGCCAUAGAACAGGAACUUUAUUUCAUCACCCUAGUGCACGUAGGUACAUGUUUCAUCUUUGUAUAGUUGAGAAAAUACUUCAUAACUAAUUUCAUUUUCUAUACACUUUUACCUUACAUUCACAGUGCAAUAACUUGGAGGAAAGGAGCACCAUGUUCUAGCCCUGGGUCCAGCAGAGACAAGGGUGUGUGGCUGGGCUGCCCACAGUCUCUCAGCAAACCUGGGGCCAGCAGGCCAUGUGUAGAGCCCGCUGCAGAAUGGUUCUGGGGGCUCCUGCUGCCCACCGCUCAGGUAGUGGCAGGGGCCUGGGCACUGAGCUGGAGGCAAUGGUGGUAAGGGAGGAGCGGAGGUUGGAGACCCUGCUUCAAAUAGAAGGCAUCGACUACAAGACCACCACCAUCCUGCUGGACGGCCGGCGGGUGAAGCUGCAGCUCUGGGACACGUCGGGUCAGGGAAGAUUUUGUACCAUAUUCCGCUCUUACUCUCGGGGCGCACAGGGUGUGAUCCUGGUAUAUGACAUCGCAAACCGCUGGUCCUUUGAUGGCAUCGACCGGUGGAUUAAGGAGAUCAAUGAGCAUGCCCCAGGGGUCCCUAAGAUCCUGGUGGGGAACCGCCUGCACCUGGCCUUCAAGCGGCAGGUCCCCACGGAGCAGGCCCAGGCCUAUGCAGAGCGCCUGGGUGUGACGUUCUUCGAGGUCAGCCCACUGUGCAAUUUCAACAUCACUGAGUCCUUUAUGGAGCUGGCCAGGAUCGUGCUGCUGCGGCAUGGGAUGGACCGGCUCUGGAGGCCGAGCAAGGUCCUGAGCUUGCAGGACCUGUGCUGCCGGGCAGUGGUGUCUUGCACGCCUGCACACCUGCUGGACAGGCUGCCGCUGCCCACGGCCCUCAGGAGCCACCUCAAGUCCUUCUCGAUGGCCACCGGCCUGAGCGCCAGGAUGGCGCACGGCCGGCCCUGCUCCCUCGCCACCAGCUCCGGCCACAAGAGGACCAGCCUCCGAAAAGCCAAGGGCACCCACCUCCCCCAGAGCCCCCCCAGACGCUGCUCCAGGAACAACUGCAAAGUCUCUUGAGGAGGGUGCAAGGCAGAGGAGGGGCACAGACGGGAGGGGGAGGCCGCUCUGGACCUAGACGCCUGCCAGUGUCGUGGUGACCACGUGGCCCCGAGCAAUGAAACCGAGGCUGGUACCCUGCUUACCAGCUACUUCUGCAUGGAUGGGCAUGGGGCUCUUAUUUCAGACAUGUGUUUAUAAAGGGAAGAACUCUUGAUAACAUGGAAAUUUGAAUGUAACCUAUCAUGAUUGCAGUGCAACUUUUUUCUUAAAAUAACUACUUUUUAUAAGAAUGGUGAUAUGUUUGUGAUGAGUAUAAAUUCUAGGGACUACAAAAAGUGGAAAUGGAGAGAGAAAUUAAGAGUUUUUGAUGCUAUGAGGGGUCUUUUUAUAAACCUCCUUUUUAAAGUUGAAGCACUAAUUUAUAAAACGCCAUAGAUGUUAGAGAUUAUGCGCAGCCAAUUUGUCCAGCUUGUGUAUGAAACAGAUUUGAUCAAGUUUUUGCUACGUUAUUUACUACGUUUUAGGAUAAGUGAUUUAUAUGCAUAUUUUCUGUAAAUCUACAUUUUUUUGUACAAAUGUUUUACAAGUUAUGACGCUAAAGGGAAGAAAAUGCCAAAGAUAUUUCUAGUUACAGCAGACACACUGCAGCAUGGUUACACCACGUCCAGACUGGCAAGAGAAUGUCACUCAGAGCCAUUUUCAGCUACGAGUGAAGCAAACACUGUUGUUUAAGAAUGGAUGUUUCCUGACAAUAAAAAGCAUACUCGUUUCUUGGUA